UCCCCGUGGAAACCCUCCCUGUAAUGUACGUGUUGUAACAAUAUACAACCCCUUUCCAUCUCUUACUUCAUUACAAUACAUCAUCAUCUUCUUGAUCUUCUUCUUCCCAUCAAUUACUAUCACUUCCAUUUCCUCUCCGGCAAGAGGGUCUGGAUCGAAAGAAGAGGAAGAAUUAAUAUGGCCAGUGGGUUCGACCACUUUUACUCCUCUUGGUUGGACCAGCUCCCGCAGCUGGUCCACCAGCUCUCUGCUGCGGCCCCCAAGCCGCCCAACGAUGCCUCCUCUCAUCAUAUUGAUGCAGCUGCCGCUGGCGCCGCCGACUCCAGAGACCACGACCACCUCACCCACCUGGUGAACAAGUUCAUGAGCCACUACGCUGAGUACUACCGGGUGAAGGCGCUGGCUACGGAGCAGGACGUGCUGUCCGUGGUGGCGGCCCCAUGGACCACUGCCCUCGAGCGGUCCCUCCACUGGAUCGCCGGGUGGCGGCCCACCAUGGUCUUCCACCUCGUCUACACCGAGUCCAGCAUCCUGUUCGAGUCCCAUAUCGUAGAUAUCCUCCAGGGCGUUCGGACUGGGGAUCUCGGGGACCUUUCCCCGACUCAGUUCAGGAGGGUGAGCGAGCUGCAGUGCGACACGGUGAGGGAAGAGAACGCCAUAACGGAGGAGAUGUCGCAGUGGCAGGAUGGAGCGCUCGAGCUGGUGGUGGCGGCAGCCGCCCCUGACAUGGAAGCCAAGAUCGGGCAGCUGGCAGCAGUGGUGAAGAAGGCGGAUGACCUGAGGCUGAAGACGGUGAGGAGCGUGGUGGACCUCCUCACCCCUCAGCAGGCUGCCGAGUUCCUCGUGGCUGCAGCCGAGCUGCAGUUCGGGAUCCGGGCAUGGGGCCUCUGCCAGGAGGGCUCCCGGUAGCCGGCCCUGAGAAGAUUAGAUUAAGUUUUGUUUGAUUUGUUAAUGUGAUUUUAAAAUCAUAACUUUAACUUAA